UUAAUUUCAUAGAUGAAUUCAAAAAAUAUAUGUUCUUAUAUUUAAUUUUAAUAUUUGAUGCUCCAUACCGGGAAAAGAAUGACACAGGCGUUGACGGUGGUAACUAUGGAAACGUGGUAACCAAGGAAAACUGUUUAGGUGCUUGUCCUGCAUUUUCCUUGCGACAUCAAAGUAUUCUGUUCUGUAGUAGCGUAUCACGUGUCUGGUAAAAUGUUUUGGGGAUUUUGUGAAGCUCUUAAUUUCGUACAGGAGUACAGGAAAAUUUUGGCCGCCGAAGACCCGCUACCGGAAAGCCUGAACGUUCUGCUGUUUGGAAGCGGUGAUCCGCGACACAUCCUUGCGACCGCUUCUCAGCUUUUCCUUCAUCGGGGCGUACAAGUGAAUGUGUACCUUGCGGAAGGAUGCGUCGAAUUGCUGGCACGCCAUAUGGUGCUGCUAGCGAUCGCGCUCGAAGAUCCCCAGCUGCUCUCGCUCAAGGGCAAAACGCAUCUGUUUAUGGACAUCUAUGGCAACAGUCUCGUGCGUCCGUUCAGCAGCGCGUACCUGAGCACCAAAGCGAAGGAAUUGACCAACAUUAUUACGGACCCGGAGUAUGCUCAACGGCAGGCACCGAUCUUCAGCUAUGAAGCCCUACGGUACAAGGAACGCGACCAGCUUGCGGAUGUAUUUCGCUUCUGGACCAAUGCUCCCGAGCACGUGUUCAAUAUUGCCCGCUACUGGGAGGAACGAUUGCGCGUUCAGCUGGGCGUUCGAUACGAUCAUCGCAACGGUGCGUUUGACUGGGAUUUGCAGAUGAGACUGCGGGAAAAUGGAGCGACACAGGUGUGCCCGCAGGAGUACAAGCACUGGCGCGAAACGGGAGUGGCCUUUACCUUUCCCGAGUACGAACAGAGCGAUCCGAACAAAACGUUCGCCGUAGGGUUGGUGCGCAAUGGGAAAGGCUUCGUUCACCGCGGGUCGGUCGGCGACAAUCUAACCGGUCCGUACGCUGCUUUCGGCCAGAAGUGUGCCGAGGAGCGGCUUUCCCGCUCCAAACACGGCGUAAACGAUUUCCGUUCGACCGACAUUACCGAGCGAAAUGUGCUGCAGAUAAUGUACGAAAUCCAGGAGCGUCAACACUAUCGCUUCGAUCCGAAAGACAUCCAUCAGUUUGGUUCGCACCAGCUGGAUACCGGGAAAAAUCUCAACAAGCACGAUGCUCGUACCGAGCCGGUAGAGGCCGUUCGCUACAACAAACCACUGCUACCAUGCGAAAACCUAACCGUUCAUUUGCUCUCCGUUGAGGACGUUCUGCGGAUGCACGAGCUGGAUCGAUUCGAAGCGAAAUUUGAUGCAAUAUUUGUAGCCAGCAACUACUUCGGCUUGUUGAAGGACGGUUUCAGCCGGAUGUGGAAGGAUAGCUGCCUGCUGUGUUUCGAAACACGCCAGCUAACCGUUUUCAGCCAGGACGAGAUAAAAGAGCACAUCGAGCAGAUUAAAGCCUACGCGCAGAAGCAAUCUCUCGCGGCGGUAACCAACUUUUCGAUCAACAAAACGCACUCCGUACUUUCGUACAAGCAUCAGGGCGCGUAUAAGUGAACGAACAUGUAUUAAGCGCUAAUAAAUACGGUACAACAAAA